UCUUGUGCCGAGCUAGGCGCAGGGAGUUUGUAUGGUCUGAGGUGCCCGCCGCUCUGCCCGCGCUAUAUAGUAGCGAGUCGCUUCGUUCGCUUAGAGGACUUGGCAGUGGGGAGGGAACUUGGGGAGCUGCUCCUGUGGGGUCCGGGCCCCUGGUGUGAUUCCUUGCCCCAUGCAGUGACCUUAGUGGUGACCUGUUUAUCCCCAGGGCUGUCUCUGGGCUCCCCCUGCCCUGCGGGGCCCAGUGCGAGCCCAUCCCCACUGCUCUGCACCUGCGUGCGGGCUGAGGGGCUCCCGACUCGCGCUCUCACUCCUACUGCGUGAGCUGCGACUCGAGGUCACUCCUAAGGGCGGCGUUGAGGUCACAAAAGCAGCCCCAGCGUGGGGCGAGUUAGUGCGCUGCACAAUAGGGAGGGAGCACUGGUUGGCAGAGAGGAGGAUUUGAUCUGGCAAACCAUUAGAGGUGUUGGUAAAGGUUGGGAACGGCUGCCAAGCUGGUUGGUCCCUGUAUAACUGCUUCUCUGCACUUAAUAGUGCACUGUAUUUACUUUUUAGUGAAUGAGUCUGCUUAAUCUUAGUUGUUAACAGUUCCCAUGUAGGAAAGAAACUCGUGGUCUGUUCAGCAAAAUUUCUGGCAUUGUUAUACUUUAAUAAUUUCAAUCCUGUAAUGUGUAAAGGAUCUUCAGAUUUUGGCAUUUAUGCUCCAUUUGACAGGGAAGCUUGCAAUGCUGGUUUUUAGAGCUAAAUGUAAUUUAUUUUACUACCAUUGCCCCAUGUAUGCAGUUGGUUGACAAAUAUGGUGCCUGUAUGUGUAUAGGUAUAUGAAUUAUUAUAUCCUGAGGUGCUUUCCUCCUCAAUCUGCAGCUUUAUUUUACUGGAUGCUGAAUGUCACAGCUGGAGAGCAUUAAAAUGAAUCUGGCUCUAUCUUUUCAUUUUUCUUCUUGGAUUAUCCUGCAGAGGUCCUAAGAAAAACAAAUAUUUUAACAGAGGAGUUCCCCUUUUCAUUUCCUACUCUGCUGAGAACCAGACUAUUUGGGGAGCUAGUUUUGGGAUAUACCAACAUGGAUCCAAGCAGCGAUUACCAGUUCCUCAAUGAGAUUCUGGGAAAAGCAGUGAAAAUCACCUUGAAAUGUGGCGUCUUCCAGGGAAUAUUGCAGCAUGUGGAUUCCAGCAGAAGUAUCAUUCUGAGCAGAGUGAAGAACUUGGAAACAGGCAGAAGCAUGGCAGGUGUGAAGAUGUUUUUUGCUUAUGAAAUUGUGAAUGUGGAACUGCUGGAGGAACUGGAACAAAAUGCAGCAAAGGGAGCUGCAACUCCCAUCAGGGACAAUCUAGUUACCAGAGGAACUGAUAUGGACAGGGGAGAACCAGCAGAUCACAGCCCACAGAGUUCUUCUCGUAUUUCCCCAGAGAGCCAGGUCACCAUCCUGAGUAACUUAAAAUAUACCCUGGCAGAGGAGGAAGAAGAGGAAAAUAUGAAGUACAUAGUCAUUGAUCAAUUCCAGCAGAAAUUUGGUCCCGCUAUGCUGCACAUCAAAAAACAGAGUGUUUUAGGUAUGGCAGCAGAGGGUGUUAAUCUGUGUCGUCAUGGAAGACUCUGCUGGCUUCAGGUAGCCACGAGGAGUCGGGUUUUUUUAUUUGAUAUUUUCCUUCUGGGGCCUCGAGUUUUCAAAAAUGGACUGCAAGUGGUGCUGGAAGACAAGAACAUUUUGAAAGUAAGUGUUCAGAAGGGUGGCAGGGUGUGUGAGAAAUGGUUGAGCCACAUCAGUAAGAAAUUGCAAUUGGAUAUUGAAUCUACAGUCAUAUUCAAGCAUCUUUCUUCGGUUCUUCAGGUCAUGCAUGACUGCCGUUUGAUCUCAGACUGCCUGUCACAUCAGCAUGGAAUCAUUCUUUCCAACGUAUUUGAUACACAGGUUGCUGAUGUCUUGCAUUUUUCCAAUAUAACAGGUGGGUUCCUUCCACAUCGCAUCAGCUCCCUACAGGAGUGCUUGAUGCGGCACCUCAAGAUGUCCCCGCGAAAGGUGUCCUUCCUGGCGUACAGGCAGCAGGCUGUUCAAGAGAAUCCUGAUAUAUGGUUUGUGAGACCUCUUCCACCUUUACUCCUGAAAGUGUUGGCUCUGGAAACCGUUUACCUUCUACCUCUCCGCUUGUUGCUACUGGAUGAGAUGAUGUCUGACUUAACAACCUUGGUGGAUGGAUACUUAAAUUCAUAUCGGGAGGGAUCUGCAGAUCUGCUGGGAAGCACAGAGAUCUCUUGUAUGGAGCUGCCAGAGGAGCUGCAGCAGCUGGCAGAUUUCCAAAAGCUGCGAAGAGAAAAAGCAUUAAAAAAGUACAAGGUAAAUGAGGAGGGUCUCCUGAUCAGACCACCACUGGAAUCCAAAGGAAAGAAGGCAGCAGAAGUGGAAGAAAAACAAGGAGAGGAUAGUUGUUGGCUUUCUUCUAAUGGAGCAGCCUUUAAAAAGACAUCCUUCCAUCCCCAAGAUCCACUUCAUCAAAAGGAUGAUGAGCAGAAGCAAGUGGUAGAUAACUGGGAAAAUAAAAAGUCUGGAAUCGGCUAUAAAAAUCCACCCUUUGAAAUGGAGUCAGGAGCAAGAGACUUGGUCAGCUGGAACUCUGUAUCAGAGAACACCCAAGCAAUGGGGAAGGGAUUCCCUCCAGAGCAGAAACCUCACGCACAGGCUGCUGGAUCUUUACAAGAAGAGAUUAGUCUAUUGUUCCUAGGAAACAAGGAUGAAGACUUAUUUUGUGCAAAGCAUAGCACCACUGUGUCUGCCUCUACUCCUCCAAAAAUUAGCAGUUCUCUUCAUGAUGCAUUUCAGGUUCCACGGCAGCCCUCACUUUCUGUACUGCCUCCUUGCCCAGUCCUAGAGACUGUUGAUUUGUGUCAGAACCCAUCCUUGAAGAUGACCCAGACCUACAUUUCCAAUUUCCCAGUAAGGCCAGAAAGGGAAAGGAGUUCAGCAGUUCACUUUGCCUUUCCUUCAGGUCUCAACUGCCGGAUGCCAGCACCAAGCCCUGCAGGAAAAUAGCAGAGCUAUUUUCAUUACUCUUUCAAAAAAAGAAAAGAUCAUUGUCUCCAUUGUCCUGUCAGUACAAGUGUCUUCAAGAAUUUUUAGGUAUUGGAGAAAAGUAUUUCAUUUCUAUGUUCCCCACUUGUUGAAAUAGUUCUACAGAACUCUCACCCAGUUCCAGCAAAGCUUUUGUAGUGCAGACGAGGCCCUACUGUAGAUAUAGCUUGCUGGUAUAGUUUAUAUCAGUCCCCUGAACUAAAUAAGCUAUAACACCAAAAGCACUCUUGCGCUGGUAUAACUGCAUUUUACCCAGGACUUUUGCUGGUAUAAAAAAAUCACACCCCUAGAUGACAUUACUAUGUCUGCAAAAGUUUCUAGUGUAGACCUGGCUCAGGUGUGACAACACUGAUGUAGACUUAGCUCCAUCAUUUUCGCAAACUGAUAAAGUAACUGAGCUGUGUAGCAUGGGAUUGCUCAAGAUUGUCCAUGAUUUGGUAAAUACAUAUAUUUAAGUAUUGCACGGUCAGUACUCCUGAUAUUUUGGAAGAGAAAAUCACCUCAUUCUAUUGGGAGUGGGGGUAGAAAUGGGGAGGUUGUGUUGUGAAGUUUUGUGGCUGGUUGUAUUCAGUAAGAUUUCACUGAGCACUAACAGUGUUCGUAAUAUGGAGGAGGUAUGGUUCUCUGCCCCAAGGAGAUUGCACUCUUGUGGUCCCCUCAUUCUUACAUUGCAGAAUUUCAUUAAUUACAUGUGAGGCUGUUUCAUUAUCAUAUGGAAUCCAGGGUUUGUGCUUUUGAAUGUAUACAAAUACUUGUUUGAGUUGUUGUGUUGACCGGGACACAAACUGUUGAGCCAUUGAUUUCCAGUUGUCAACCUGUGAUGUAUAUGUGCAUUUCUGAAGUAUUAUUGCCAGGGAAAACAAACUCCAUAUAUUUUUACCAACGAUACUGAACUAGCGGUUCCCAAAUAGGACUUUCUUUUGGUACUGGCUUACUUUUUUUUUUCAUUGAAGGUGUUUCAGAGGUGGAUCAUGCACCUAUAUCCGUGCAUUUUGGGGGCUAAAGAGAGACAAGCUUCCAUAAGUUCUCUGAAACAUUUACAGUAUUCUGUAUUUAAGAAAAAAAUCCAGGUUCUGCUGUCAUGGUUUAAAUAAAAAAAUAAAACCAGUUUGAAACCAGCA